UUCAACAUGCUUUUGGUGGGUGUGGAGGCGUUCAACAUGCUCUGGAUGGUGGUGGUCUACAUAAUCUUCUGGCCUGGUAAAAGUUUAAUUGUAAAAAUCAAAAAAUUUGCAAAAAUUCAAAAAUGCGCAUGCGAGCCCCUGUCCUUUGUCCUUUCAAUUUUUAUUGUUUUCACUUUUUUAUUUAAAAAAGUUUUUUAAUGAUUUAGCAACAGAGAUGGGAUGGUAUGUGGGCUGGCUGUGGACAACUGGAUGAAAAUGGAGUUGCAAAGGGAAAGGUCAUGUUAUUAAAGUUUUUGUCUUUUCGACUACCCUGCUUAAGUUUUAUUCCAUCCCGGUCAAAUACAGUUAAUUUUUUUCAACGGCGAAAUGAAGAUGUUCUUUGGAGAACUGUGACAAAUAUUACAAAAUAUGGCGCACGUAAAGGUCGCGGAAAAACUCGGCAGCCAUAUCGUCGUUUGUCUGAUUAUUAUAAAAUUGGAACACUUAAAUCUAGUCCUAUGCGCAUUCGUUAUCCCGGAUUAAAUGAACGUAUUCCCAACAGUUUCACUGAACCUAUAUAUUUUGAGGAACAAACUGAAGAAGAAAGAGAUGCCUCUUUUAAAGUAAACAAAGUGGAAUUAGCUAAGAAACCGCCAAAGGCAACUCGAAAACUUCUCAAAGAAAAGCUUUCUGCUUGGGAGCGUGGUUUUAGUGGAGGACAGUGGCUUGGUCAAAAAUUGGGUCCACCACCUGAAAAUUUAGAAGCUGGUGUAAACUUCGAUGAUUUUCAAUGCAUUUGUCAAUCGUGUUUGUGCGAUGAAACCAGGAGUUGGACGAGACUAUGCUAUUCGCUCUGCUGUUUUUAUAGGAAAUGGAAAGGGCAUUGGAGGGCGCCUGUUUUUCAGUCAAAUAAAGCUGUUGCAAAUGCUAUAAAAAUUGCUUCUCGUAAACUUUUUUACAUCGAACGGUUUGAAGAUAGAACUAUUUAUCAGGACUUUUUUGGAGAAUUUCGAAGUACUCGAGUUUUUGCACAAAGGCGGGAGCCUGGUUAUGGACUUUUGGGAAUCAAAGAUCUUUAUGUACGCACAGAAGGCAGUACUACAAAUUACAUAGGAAUUGUUUAUGCUUUUGUUACUGGUCUAAUUCAUCAAGAAUCUCACAAACAAUGUGCUGAUCGAACUCGUCUUCAUGUUGUUGAAUUAAAUCCUAAUCGAAUGUUUUUUCCAAAGAUUGUGGCAUCACCAUUUAAUGCUCCUGUUAAACUUGACGAGGAAGUCACGCCGAUUGAGCGAAUGCGUUUGGAAGAUUUUUAUGGCGAAGGUCGUUUCCCUCAGCAUUAUGGAAAAUACAUUCUGAGUUAUAGAAAUCACAUUGGUCACCUGAACGCUGAAUGGAAGAGGCAUCCUUACCGAAACAUGGAAAAGAGAAUAAUCCGUUUCUUGGCUGAUGGUGAAGUUAAUCGAUGGACUCGUAGGGAACGAAAAAAAUGGUCAGAUCGUCAACAUGAGAUGGUGAUUAAUGGGCAAAAGCCUUUGCCGUUGGGUAUUGGACUUCCUGAGUGGGUUCCGUUGGAAGGAGAGGACGAUGUAUUUUUGGGAUCUUUGACCGACCUAAUGCCGCCGACCGAUUUUUAUGAUGAUCAAACCAAUGGUGAUGAAGCAUUAGACUUGUCGCAAAAAGAACUUGAAAAAGAGUUAAAUGUUUCAAAUUAA